CAGGCUCAGCUUGUUCGACGCUCGUCAACCAACUUCCGUUCACUCCUUUGAACCCACCGGCCUGGUAUUUGCCCGCCUUACAUUCCUUUCCCCCUCCACGCUCAUUUCCGAUUUCCAUCUUGGGGUGACGACGGCCUUGUCCUCUGAAACCUCCAUCUUACCUUGAUCCGACCUCGACCUCGUGCUUGUGGUGACCUUUCGUGGACCCCGAUCGAGACGGCCUGCCAAGCAACCCUCUCUAUCUCUCGACAUUGUCACUCCCUCGACCUGAUUGUCUUCUGAGUCGCCUUCUCGGAGAAAGAGAAACCAGCCGGCUGUUCGAUUUCCGACAACCGACCCGGUUCUUGUCUCACCCACACCUCACUUGAGUACACGAUCACAAUCGACGUCCUUGAAGGAUAUCGGUUAUCGGUAACAGCAGCGCUGCCACCAGCUGGAUCUGUCUACAUAACUCCGCCCCCCCGGAUUUUUCAUCCAUCAGCUCAAGGGUCACCCGUUUGAGAAGAAAAAGUAACCUCGUCAACAACAUCGACUACAACUGAAGACUCAUAUUUUUCAAGCGAUCCCACAUCUGCGAAAAUGAAGAGCUCUCUGAUUCUCGCCGCCUCUGGCGCUCUCAUGGCCUCGGCCAGCCCCAUUCUCCAGGAUAGACGCGUCCACUUCACCACCAAGGUUGUUGAGGAGUGGGUUACCGUUACCGUCACUGCGGGAGGCGUGCCUUUUGCUACCGUCAACGCCUUCCAUGAACAUGGCCCUGGCCGCCCGGUGUACUCUGCGCAUCCUCAGGCAGCUUCUGCGGCCACGGUCCAGCCGACUAGCCAGGCUCCCGCCCCGGUGCCCACCCCUUCUUCCAGCAGCAUUGUCGUCGUUGCCCCGCCCCCUGCUCCGGAGACUACUUCGUCUACCGUCAUCAUUGUUCCGGUUAGCUCCAGCACUCAGCAGCCCGCGCCGACUACUGCGCCUGCUGUCGUUGCUGCACCUCCUGCUACCACUAGCACCAUGCAGGAACGUGCUAGUACCAAAGUCGACUCUCCCGCUGCCCCUAGCGGCAGCGACUACGCCAGCACGCUUCUCUAUCACCACAACAUCCACCGCAGCAACCACUCUGCUGGCGCUAUGACUUGGGGAGAGACCUAUGCCAACUAUGCUCAGCAAGCUGCGGCCUCAUGCGUAUUCCAGCAUGACCUGACUCCCGGCGGUGGUGGUUAUGGUCAAAACAUUGCCAUGUGGGGCUCUUCCGACAAGCAGACCGUUCAAGAUGUCGGCGCUGUCAAAGCCGGUGCUCAGGCCACAACUAACAUGUGGUAUAACGGGGAGCUUUCCCUUUGGCCUGCCUCCGACUAUGGAAAGGCGAACCCGGACAUGUCUAACUUCGAGGGCUGGGGUCAUUUCUCUCAGCUCGUUUGGAAGGAGUCCAAGGAGCUUGGCUGCUAUACCCAGUUCUGUCCUCAGGGUACCAUGAGCUCGCAGAUGGACGUCUGGUACACUGUCUGCAACUAUUAUCCUGCCGGCAACAUGGGCGGUGAAUACGGCAAGAACGUUUCCCCUCCUCUCAACGAGGCUCUCGUUGUUGCUUAAAUGCACCCCAAAGACUUGCAUUUCCGCAGGCAGGUGUGAUACGAGGGCUUCUUCGCUCGGGCUACACCGUGGCUACACUCCCCGCCAUAGCUCCAGUUGUAGUAUGGUGCGCACAUGUACACAGAACCCCGUUAACGACAUCUUUGUUUCGAUAUACUUCCCAUACGCCUGGGGCGCGCAAAUCAUGAUCGGUUUUCCUUUACUUGGAGAGGUCUGUAUCUACAUCGGCAGUUGCGCAAACCAGCAUGCAUCGUCCAGUCAUGGCAACACCUUUUGCCUUCGUUAGCAACGCAGAAACGCUAUACAUCUGGAUUCUUACGACGACAUGACAUUUCUGUUUCAGAAAGAAAACAAAGACUACCAAAAGGCUAUCAUGGGAAACAUCUGGAGACAAAGGGACCGAAAUCAUGGCGGUAUCUGCAUCAUUUUCUUUCUUUGGGUGUCGAAUGUUAUUGGCUAGCUACGUCAGCUGACUGAAACAUUCUUCUUUACCCUGGUUCACUUCUUGAACAUUCAUCUCUCUAUGUUGUACGUAAGAAAGCUUCGAUUCGUUUUUGAUCCUCUGGACAUCGGAUUUCAUCCGGUCAUCUAUUUGGCUAGGAGUUAUACCUUUGUUCACUUCAGGAGUUCACUCCAAGACCCGAAAGUGUUUUUAAGGAGGAUUGCUUGGUUCGGUAGAUAUUGCUGUGCAUGGUGCAGUUGCAUGUUGGUUUCAGGUAACCUGACUACGUGUCGUUGAAGGCAUCAUGGGGUUUUUGGAGCUGGGACCGCAAGUUCCUCAUCCAGUAGACACAGUCACCAAUAUAGACCAAGUUCACAUACCGUAUCGA